AUUAACGUGAGCAUUGCUCAAAUUGGCUUUGAGUGGACUCUCAUGAACCCUAAACGUUCUGUCGCUGUCUUGCUGAAGAAACAAUUCACAAUGUAUCGGGGAAAAGCACCUAAUCAAUUUAUUUAUUUACUUAAUUCCAGCCCGAAGCUUUAAUCAUCAUUAGAUUCGAAUUUUUGCUGGGUUUUUGUGUUUCUUGAAUAAGCCAUGGUGACGGCUGGUGCUGCCCUUGUUCAUGUGAUGAAAAAGCUCUACUACGAAGGGAAUAGAAAAUAAAAGAGACAGCUUUAGCUUAUAAUCAAGGCAAAACUUCUCGUACUGGUUGCUUCUAUUUUACUGUAAUCAAGAAAGAUCAUCCUAAUGCAGCCGCUUCUUCUUCUUCAAUCGCGCAAAUAGAGUACUGUUAUAUUUAGAAUGAUUUUGCCUAUCUGCCAAAUAUAUGCAUAUAUCUGUGUUUAGCUUUGUAGAUUCAUCUCUGUGAACUUGCAUUGAUUAUCACUUUUUUGUGUAGAAGAACGACCUAUUGGAGUUUCAAUUGGUACUGGGUUUUUUAAUUUUGCGCCGACCUGAUUGUUGGCAAUUGAAGUUCAGUUACCUACUGCUGGUGGGGUGAAAUUUUGGUGAAGGCAUUCAACUGUCAAAAAUUUCUUUCUACCUGUAGCUCCAUGUCAGCUGCCUGGCUGAUUCGGAAAACUUCUAUCCCAGCCAAAGCCAGUGCCGCUGGCAGUUUCAUGUACAUUAAGACCAUGGCAUCUGUCUCUAACCCAGGAAACAAUUCCGGAAGUGGCAGAGGUUUAUCCAACGACGAUUAUUUCACUACCAUAAACCACAUAUCUAACGUAGUUCGCCGAGAUAUCUACAUGGAGCGAACACUCAAUAAAAUGCGGAUCACUAGCUUUGUCAAUUCUGAGCUAGUGUACCGUGUCCUUCGAAGCUGCUGCCACUCUGGUAUUGAAUCCUUCCGAUUCUUUAAUUGGGUCCGCACCAAUCAGCCUCACUAUGAUCCCACCACCCUUGAGUUUGAAGAGCUCCUUAAUACCCUCGCUCGCAAUUGCCACUGGGAAACCAUGUGGAAGGUUGCCCACCAGAUGAAAACCCUCAACCUCCCUAUCUCACCUUCUGUCGUGUCUUUCAUCAUUGAACAGUAUGGAAAGAAUGGCCAUAUUGACCAGGCCGUAGAGCUCUUCAAUCGCCUAAAAAACUUCAGUUGUCCUCAAACAAUUGAGAUAUACAACUCUUUGCUUUAUGCUUUAUGUGAGAUAAAAAAUUUCCAAGGUGCCUAUGCGUUGAUUCGGAGAAUGAUCCGAAAAGGUGUUGUUCCUGAUAAGAGGACUUACUCGAUUCUUGUAAAUGCAUGGUGUUCUGUGGGAAAGAUGAAAGAGGCCCAGGAGUUCCUGGAGGAGAUGAAUCAUAAGGGCUUUAAUCCCCCUGUGCGUGGCCGUGACCUUUUGAUUGAUGGUUUGAUAAAUGCAGGUUAUCUUGAAUCUGCGAAAGGAUUGGUGAGAAAAAUGACCAAAGAAGGGUUUGUGCCAGAUGUUGGCACGUUUAAUUGUUUAGUGGAAGCUGUGUGCAGAUCUGGGGGGGUUGACUUUUGCAUCAAUCUUUUUAAUGAUGUUUCCCAACUGGGAUUUUGUCCUGACACAGAGACAUAUAAGAUUAUGAUAAGUGUUGCGUCAAAAAUUGGAAGAGUUGACGAGGCUUUUAGGAUUCUUCACAGAUCCAUUGAGGAGGGGCACCAACCGUUUCCCAGUUUAUACGCUCCUAUCCUGAAAGCUCUAUGUCGAAGGGGACAGUUUAAUGAUGCAUUUAGCUUUUUUGUAGACAUGAAGGUGAAGGGGCAUCCACCAAAUAGACCAGUUUAUACAAUGCUGAUAAAGAUGUGUGGACGUGGAGGUAGAUUUGUUGAAGCUGCCAAUUAUUUGGUGGAGAUGACAGAGUUAAAUUUAUUGCCCAUGUCACAGAGUUUUGACAUGGUUACUGAUGGGUUAAAAAACUGCGGUAAACAUGAUUUGGCUAAAAGGAUAGAGCAGUUAGAAAUAUCUAUUAGGGGUACUUGAAUCUAUAUACUUUCUGUUCUACAGCCUGAAAACUUGCAUGGUGAAGAGAGAUGAACAAUUUCUAUGAGUAAUUAGACUCAUUUUACGGGAAUGUGAAUUCAUAUAUACUUAUUGUCAAUACGUUUUACUUACACACACUUCUGAAGAGUACUGCAAAUGUUUGUAUAUUCAUCAUAAAACAUUGUUUGCGAUAAGCUUUUUGGAUUUUUAUUUACUUUCUGAUUUCUAUCCUUCUGGAUAAUUUUAAUGUUACUGUCAUUUUUUCUUGACUUGAAGCUUCUUUUUUCUUGCGUCUUUUUAUGUGAACUAGCCUACUUAUGAGACCGAAUAAAGACACCUAUCUGGCAAAUUAGAGGAUCAAUUAAAUGAGUUUGAUUUUAUUCAGGGGAUAUUCUGAAUCAUCUCUAUGGCUGGAUACAUCUACGUGAAUACCAUUUACAAGUUAUAAAUUGCCAUCUCUAUGACAUUAGUCAUAUGCUCGCCAAAAGUUUGAAAUAGUUGGCUGUCUUUCAAUGUUGAACUAUGGAUUUUCCUUUACUAGGAUAAUGUUUGAUAAACACCAAUGGAUAUGAAGUUUAUUUGUGGAAUGUGCACUCUAGACUCUGUAGUUGCUUGAAUUUGGCUGACGCUUUAUUCUCUGCAAGAUCACUAUCCACUUAUGAAUGUAUAUUUGUGAAAUCUAGCAUAAUCUUCGUUUGCUGAAGUUACUUCUUGCAGACUGCAAUGAAUUUGUACCUUAGACUUGUAUCUCUUCUCUCACUUAAGGGCUAUAAUUUCAAGAUGCUCAAACUUGCACGAGAAUCUUUGAUAAAUGAAUUGAAGUACAAAAUAGACUAAUGAAUGAAGUAGUCCAUUUGAUCGUCCCCUUAGGAAAGUUUCUCUUGCAUUGUGGGGAAAAUUAAAAAAAAAAAAAAAAAAAAAAAAAAAAAAAAACCGAUAUCAUAAUUGUCCUCACACCACUUUUUAUUCCCUUUCUAUAUAAGUUAAUCUGUUAUUCCAACUCAUCACAUGCACUUCUCGCAUGUCACUGUUCAUAGACUGCGGUAGCUUGAAAAAUAAAAAGCUCAAUUGUUGAAAUUAAAUCGAGUUCUCAUUCUUAGAUUUAGUCAGCAGUAUCCAAGCUUGACUGGCUUGUUCAAUUGAUGAUACAUGCCUCUUCAUUCAGCUUCUUCAAGAUGUAACGGUCAAAAUUGCAUGAACUCCUCAUAAGAGAGGAAAGAUCAUGGCCUGCCUGAGUUAUGAAGAUGCAAGAUUGACCCUGGGAGCAUGGGUUAUAUAAAGCCUAAGAUUGUUACUCUCUGGUAUAGAGCUCUUGAGGUUCUUCUGGGAUCUACUCUUUACUCUUACUCCCCAGCUGUUGAUAUGUGGUCUGUUGGCUGUGUUUUUGCUGUGCAUGGGUUAGAAGGCAAGCUUUAUUUAUUGGAGAUUCUGAGUUUCAAAAAGUGAUCCAUAUUUUAAGGUUGGGUGGGCACCAACUGUUAAGCAUUGGCCAGGAGUUAGUUCUCUGCGAGAUUGGUUAUGUGUAUCAGCAGGGGGAACCUCAGAACUUGGCUUAUGCUGUUCCAAGUUCUGGGAAUUGGGACCUGAUGGUGUUAACUUCUGUUGUGUUUGCUUCAAUACUUAGUUCCAAUUUGGGAAAGAACAACAAGGGCAGAGAAAGAUUGGACAAAAUCUCAAUUCUGAAGUCUCAGCUUACUUGUAAAAGCAAAGGUCACUUCCAUUGGAUAUCUUUGUGAUUCGGGCUUUAUCACGUGGUUUGAUGUCUAAAUUUCAUAUUUCACGUCAACAAUAUUUUCCGCUCAUUUUAGUUAAUUUUACAAGAAGUUUUGGUAAUAUUGGUGCAAUGCAUUAUUCUGUACUUUGACCUGUUCACAGUUAAGAUUGUAGAGGACAUGGCAGCUUUCAAUCUACCUUCCAUUUUGGACUUGUAAAAUUGACGUGGCUGCUUAUACUUGUUUGCUUGCCUCUCACAUCUAACUAGUGUCCCCUAUCCAACCACUCUUUAUCAUCAUCUCCAUCCUUAUAUCAACCAAAUCUCAAAUCCGAUCCCCUCCAGCUCCAGCUCACUUGUAAUUUCUGGUUUCUACUUUUAAUUUUGGAAAGCAGCUGCCAUCUCUGCUUAGUGCCUGAAGCUUUCAGGGAGAGACAGUCACUAGUUCUCACCCUCCACGUCAAACACGAGAGCACUGUAUUCAUUGCAAUUCCUUCUAUUGCAGUGAGUACUAUAUUGUUUGUUGUCCAUAUUUCACUUCUCCAAUUUCUCAUUACUAGUAUGUUUUCUAAAGAUAAUGGAUGUAGAAUUAUCAAAGCAAGAGGAUAAGGGAAAUGUGCCUCCCACAGAUCAAUGGAGAAGAAGAAUCAUAUGUAUGGGGGUAAGUGCUCUGGUUCUGAUUCAGGACGCUUCAACUACUCCACUACCUUUUCCUUCAAGUACAGAGAUGGCAUCAUUGGCAAGGCCCCCAUUCCGGCUGGAAACAAAUGUGCUUGCAGCACCCAAACCAUGAAUGAUGAUACUAACAGGAUUUGCUAUUCUCAAGUUCCAAUGUGCAUUCCAGAUUUGCUAUCGAGUACAUUGCCUCUCCUGACUUACGUGACAAUUUCUGGGAAGUAGGAAAUUUGAUCAAUGUUCAUGUGAUCACCUACAGUAGUCGUAAUUUGGAAAUUGAUCUCUCCUACAGGGGCCUUUUUAACUGAAAGUGUCAAUACGAAACCCUAAUUAUAGUGUUUUGAAUGCUCUUGAUUUGUUGUCUUCCUGCUGCUGAUUAUUUGGAGAAAAGUUGGGAUUCUUUUUAAGAACUUGCCAAUUGAUAGUCUAUAGCCAGCAGCAGCACUAAUCAUGCUUUGUAGUUUCCUUACGUACGAAAUUAGAAAUUCGAGAAGUCAACCACCAAAUUUUUACACAUGUAUGAAUGUAGCAUAGAUUGAUACUUUAAGGGUAUUCUUGAUUUCUCUUAGUUGAUUUUCUGCUUUGAUUCUC